AUGACUUCGUCGGCUUCAACCAUGAUCAACCUUUCAACCCCUAGUUCUGUUUUCGCUGCAGCAAUUGACAGCUUCCGUGGUAGCUUAAGCAAGAGCGACGAAGAACAUUUUCAGCCGUUCGACACGCCAGAUGCUAUGAUUGAAAAUCUCCGUGAUCGCUUGUCACAAGCCACAAAAAAUGAUCGAGGAAAAACCUCUCGCCUUUUAACCGCCUGCACCAAGGUAGAUACCUUCUGCAAGAGUCUGGAGCCAUAUUUUGAGGCAGUAAGCAUACUAGUCUCAAGCCAUCCAGAAUGGGCCGCUAUUGCUUGGGGUGUUAUUCGGCUAGUGUUUAUUCUUAGUAGCAAUUUUGUUACUUUCUUUGAAAAACUGGCAGAUAUGCUUGAAAGAAUAAAUCUGAAACUCCGACUUUGGGAAGCACAAGUGAAUGUCCUCAGACUACGUCUCACCGAGAAACGAAGCCAAGAAGACAAUGCCAAGUGGCAGAGCUCCCUCCACUGUCUUUCCAAGUCUAUGUCAUACGUAUACGCGGAUAUUAUCCAAUUUUGCAGUGAUGGGUGUCGACUACUUCCUAAAGCAGGGAUGAAAAUUCGACAGAAAGCAGGGAUCGUGAGGGACUUGCUUUGGACACCAUUUGAUACUCGAUUUUCCAAAACUCUUGCGAGACUGGAAGAACAUAGUACUCUCGUACAUUUGGCCCUACAGUCGGUUCUCUCGGAGCAAUUGAUUCAGAAUUGCCGAAGUGUAGACUUGGAGAUUCAAAAAAACUCAAAUUUCCGGCAGGGUUUUGAUGUGGAACGAGGCCAAAAAAAGAUGGAUGCGUUGAAAAAUAAAGUGGCAAUUCUAAGAAGUUGGAUUGGUGCUCCUGAGUGGGCGGAAGCUUAUGAUGCUGCAGAGAGAAGACGUCUGGAGCACACCGGCAACUGGAUUUUUGACCAAGUAGGGUAUAAAUCCUGGCUUGCAUCACCAUCUGUGGCGCGCACAAGUUGUUCUUCGUCAUUUUCUUCAAGAUUUCUUUUGCUUUCUGCGAAGCCUGGUUACGGGAAAACGAUACUUUCCAUUAACAUUAUCGAGAACUUGAGAACCGAAAUCGCCAAAAAUUCCAGCAACUCAAAGAAAGGCAUUGUUGCAUAUUUUCAUUUCGAAAAGCUUCAAGUAAAAUCACGCAAAAGCAAUGCGGCUCUCCGUUCGGUGCUGACCCAGCUGCUUCAAGCCGGCCAAACUGACACCGAUUUCGUCGACGUCGCAUCUAUUCUAUACAAUAAUGGUGAAGGUCAAUGCAAGUCGAGCGAGAAGGAGGUCAAAGCAAUACUUGAAAUCUUUUUUCGACAAAUGCCCCCAUCAUACCUUGUCUUUGACGCCCUAGACGAAUGUGAAGACUGGGAAGACUUCGUGGAGUCUCUCGCCGAGCUUACUAUGGAGACUCAGCACAAGAUAGUGCUCCUUGCGCGUCCACAUAUAGACGUUCAAAAUACCAUCAGUCAGUGUGUACAUCAUGUUGCGCUUGAGGCUGAAAGGAACGUGGACGAUAUUGAAAGCUACUUGAAAUCUCGAAUCGAGAAACUGGUGAGCAAAGGUGCAAUCCCCGCAACUUUCUCGGUGGAUGCUAUUGUCUCCCAGCUCUCGCGGCGGACAAAUUCCAUGUUUCUCUGGGCGGUGCUUAUGGCCAAUUAUCUAUCAUCGCCGUAUCUCACACCUAUAGAGCGCUCCACUGCGAUACAUCAAUUGAACCGUUUCGAAGGACUCGAUGCUAUCUACGCCAGGAUCUUGGAGGAACUCGAACAUCGAAUCCCAUACGCGUAUCAGACUAAAGUAAAACAUAUUUUUGAAUGGCUUUCAGUUGCCAAGUCGCCAUGGACAACUGAGGUACUCAGAACCGCCCUUGCGGUACAACCUGAUCGUCCCCUCUCUGAGCACGACUAUAUCCAGAAUUUUGAAGCAGCGCUGCUGCAAAUGUGCGGCUCGCUAAUUGAAGUUCGAAAUAACGGCACCGUGGACUUCAUCCAUCUAUCUGUUCUGGAAUUCCUCCAAGAAACACAUAACGGAAACACAAAAAAUCGAGUGCCUACUCCAUUUCGUGUCCGGAAUGGAGAUGCAGAAUCUUCGAUGGCAAAUCUGUGUUUAUCGUAUAUGAUCAAUGACGUUCCUCAUCGCCCUCUCGCAGGAUCUUACGCUAUUACCCCUAGCAGAGAUAUAGUUGCUUCAAGGCUACCUGUACUGGAGUAUGCAGCUACGAGCUGGACAGCACACGCCGGCAAAUGUCUACUCGCUUUUGAUAUGCAAGAUAUUUACGAGAAGCUAUGUGCCUCUAUCUACAAUUUCAUUACAACGCAGAGCCUUGUUUCGGUUUGGAUCGAAGCUUCUUGGCUCUUCGGUAAUGCCCCAAACGUCGACGCUCUCAUGCCAGGAAUAGUUCCAGGUGCACAUUCUUCUGGAUUGUCGCUAGUAGACAAUCAUCUUAUGUUCCGGAAUACAGUUUCUCAGUUUGCCGAAACAUUGGCGCGGAUACAUCACCACUGGAAUCAUAUUUUGGCAACAGAACCGAAUGAGAUCUGGGGACCUAGCAUACAAGCAUGGUCGAAUCCAGCAUUUGUGGCUGAAAACAACUCUGCAAAUAUUGUAUCACUGAGCUCCGAUCACAACUCAGACGCUAUUCUAAUAGCAACACAAGUAUCUCAUGGAAGCACCGAAAUUGGGUUGAUGAAAGUAAAACCUCCUAGGACAUUUGGCAAUAUACCGCGAUCUACGCUCACGAAUAGCACAAUGGACGAAGACUGCAACUCGCUCAAUUUUAUAGCUAUUUAUGAAAUACUGUCGUUAGAGACCCGCCAGGUGAAAUUUCGAAUUCAGUUCGAGGUGCCAACCUGGCAGAUUUCGAGAGGAGUUGUGCAUCCUGGAUGUUUUGAUGAUGAAAGCACUUUCCAGCUGCCCGUUAAGUUCUCCCCGUCUUUACGCAGCAUAGUUGUUGUUGAUACUAUUGUCAAAAUUGUCGAUUCUCUGGAAAAUAGCCAGGAAGUAGAGACGCACUCCCAGACUCUAAUGACACCCGCAUGUCAACACACUUCAACUGCCAGAUUAAGUACCAGAAUCGAGAAUGGACAGCAACGAGAUUCAAAACAGUCCAAGGUCGGACAUCAAAGACACAGUCUCGCGGACCAUCGUUGCUAUAGUUGGUUCCGAUAUGCUUGGUCCCGGGAUGAACAUUAUCUAGCUAUCCUUGAGGGUGAUGGUUUCGGAAUAACCAGUUCUUGGGUUCUAACUGUUUACGAGAAUUCCAACGGAUUAUCCUCGGAGCCAGGUUUCAGCAUCAUCCAAAGCAUUCGACUUCAAUUCAGCCCUUUUGUGUUGGGUAACUGGACACAAUUUUCACACGAAGAUUAUGUUUCCUUUCACCCACAUGAACCAAUCAUUGCAUUUUGCCCAUUCUCAAUUGUUGCUCUAUGGAGGUUCAAAGAGACACGUAGCAAGCUUAUUGAAUUGUCCCCUGUGCCUCUUCGCAAGUUAACAUUCUCAACUUGCGGCCGAUUCCUGUAUGGAGUCAAGGAUGCAACAGGAACACCAAUAAUACUUAAUGUUCCGCUAGAGAACCACUCACCCUUUAGUAUUGUAUCCGCCAAAGAUAUAUCGUCUCUCUCUAACCCAAGACCGGAAUCUGGUCAGACAAGCAAUGAAACAGGCUCCCAUCCUGCUAAGUUUCUAGGAUUGUCCCAGGGACUUCGGAGUACUGAUCUGAAUAAGCUGGAUUUGACAGACUCCCAGGACCAAGUGUAUAUCACUUCAUUGGAACAACAUCACCAAGCAGGAGCAAUUACAUUUCAAAGGUUAGCUGGUGGAAGUCUUAUGACGGCAACGCUGGCACGAACUCCGAAGUCAAACACUUUACAGAAAAGUUACUGCACCCUGGUCGAAUCUCCUGAUGAUAGUACCAUUCGUUUCGCAAUGAACAUGGCUGCUCAAUCGACAUACCAUGCAAAGUCGAAACCGGACGUUGCUCUUCCUCUUAUCAUUGAUCAGCAAAGGGACGCUAUUGUCGUUAAUGUACAAUCCCUUACUCACAGAAUUAGCGACAAAAAUAGGAAGCGUCCGUUCGAAGAUGGGGAUCAGGGUUCAGCGCCAAGGGCAGGGAAUCAUUUACGAGACGCUGUUAUUUCAAGUGACCUAAGGGACGACAUAUCGGGGGCUGUGAAUAAUGAAAUGAAGAGGAAUAGGAGGAAAUGA